GGAGGGGUCUGAACGGCGAGCUGGCCAGGACGCCUGGGUUCACGCAGGGCUCUGAGGACAGGGCACCCCCGCUGAGCCCCUCUCCCCACCCCGAGAGCUGUUUCCAUCACGUCAUUUGCGCCAACGGCUCCGGGCAGGAAACGCUGCGUCACGGCUUCGACCACUUCCCCCCCCAGCCGCGCCCGGCUCCCGACACGGCCCCCGCCAGCCAUGGGGCACCGCCCGGCCCGGCCCCCACGAGCCGCUGGCGCACCGGGCACCCUCUGCUGCCAGCCUUGACCCGAUCGCCGACGAUGCCCCCGUCUCUGCCCCCCAGCCCCCGGCUCCCGCCCCCCUCGCCGCCCCCCGCCCCGCCCUGCGCCGCCUGCCUGGCGCCCAUGGUGGCGCUGGCGGGGGUGGCCGGCCUCUUCGUGGUGCUCUCGGCCCUGCUGGGCGAGCGGCUCUUCCGGGGGGCCCGGGCUCGGCGGGUGCCCAGCGUCUGGCGCCGGGGCGGGGCGCUGUGGAUCGAGCCGGCGGCCCCGCCCCAGCAGGACCGAGCCCCCCAGGCGGAGACGGGCGACCUGUGGAUCCCGCGCCCCCCGCCCAGCGCCGAGGACUGGUACCGGGGGCCCGCCGGCAGCGCGGGCAGCGGCACCUCCAGCGGCGUCCACUCGGGGGCGCCGGAGAGCGCCGGCAGCACCGCGGCCUUGUGGGACGCCGAGGCACCGGCCUGGGGGGCCCAGCCCCACGUCACCCUGCAGGACAUCUCCGAGUUCUUCCGGCGCGGGGGGGGGAGGGGGCCGUGAGCACCGGGACCCCCCCCAAGAAGCAGGACUCACCCCAUGGAUGUUGGGGCAGAACUGAGAUUUUGGGGGGACACUUUGAAAAUUGAGGGGGCACAAGCCUGUUGAGGACCCCCCCACACUGUCCCCCACCAUGGGGCACAGAGGGGCCUGCCCUCCCCGCCUCCCCGGCCUGCUAUGGGGCACAGAGGGGCCUGCACCCCCCCAGCCUGCCGUGGGGCACAGAGGGGCCUGCACCCCCCGCCUCCCCAGCCCGCCAUGGGGCACAGAGGAGCCUGCACCCCCCAGCCUGCCGUGGGGCACAGAGGGGCCUGCACCCCUCCGCCUCCCCAGCCCGCCAUAGGGCACAGAGGGGCCUGCACCCCCCGCCUCCCCGGCCCGCCAUGGGGCACAGAGGGGCCUGCCCUCCCCGCCUCCCCGGCCUGCUAUGGGGCACAGAGGGGCCUGCACCCCCCCAGCCUGCCGUGGGGCACAGAGGGGCCUGCACCCCCCCGCCUCCCCAGCCCGCCAUAGGGCACAGAGGGGCCUGCACCCCCCGCCUCCCCGGCCCGCCAUGGGGCACAGAGGGGCCUGCACCCCCCGCCUCCCCGGCCCGCCAUGGGGCACAGAGGGGCCUGCCCCCCCUGUGAUGGAGUAGGAAGCACAGACUGCCUGUGCGGGGGAGGGGAGAGCCAGAGGUUUAGGUGAGAUGCAGG